GCUUGUGAUUUAAAACACACCAAAAAAUUUCUUGUUUUUGCUCUCUUUGAGUAUUUGUGUUCCUUUCCUGUUUUGAUUAUUUUUAAAAUGGUCCAAAAGUUUCACGCCUUUAUGUUCCCGUGGUUCGCUUUUGGUCAUAUGAUUCCAUACUUGCAUCUAGCCAACAAGUUAGCUGAAAAAGGUCAUAGGGUUACUUUCUUGCUGCCCAAGAAGGCUCAGAAACAGUCGGAACAUCACAACCUGUUCUCAGACAACAUCCUCUUUCAUCUAUUAACUAUUCCUCCUGUUGCUGGUCUCCCUGCUGGCGCUGAGACCGCCUCGGAUAUCCCCAUCUCAUUGGGAAAUUUCCUGUUCGCAGCCAUGGAUCUGACACGCGAUCAGGUGACCGCCGCGGUUCAUGCUUUGAGACCGGACCUGAUUUUAUUCGAUUUUGCUUAUUGGGUUCCGGAAAUGGCUAGGGAGCAUAGAGUCAAGAGUGUGGUGUACAACGGGGUAUCAGCUACCACUAUUGCUCACAACCAUGUCCCUGGUAGCGAACUAGGAGUUCCUCCACCUGGUUAUCCUUCAGCAAAGGUACUGUACCGCGCACACGAUGCUCACCCCUUGUCGUCUCUCUCCAUCUACUACGAGAGGCUGUACCAUCGCAUAACCACAGGUCUUAUGAGUUGCGAUAUCAUUUCAAUGAGGACAUGCGAAGAAGUCGAAGAUGAAUUCUGCGACUAUAUCGCACGUCAAUACCAGAGGAAGGUUCUUUUGACCGGUCCAAUGCUUCCUGAGCUAGACAAGAGUAAACCACUUGAAGAUCAGUGGAGUAGUUGGUUGACCGGAUUUAGACAGGGCUCUGUCGUGUUCUGUGCAUUGGGAAGCCAAAUCACUCUUGAAAAGGAUCAAUUCCAAGAACUCUGUUUAGAAAUGGAGCUUACUGGUUUACCAUUUCUUGUAGCGGUAACUCCACCAAAAGGAGCAAAGACUAUUCAAGAAGCAUUGCCAGAAGGAUUUGAGGAGCGAGUGAAGGAUCGUGGAGUUGUUUGGGGAGAAUGGGUGCAACAACCAUUGAUAUUGGCUCAUCCAUCAGUAGGCUGCUUUGUGAGCCAUUGUGGAUUUGGGUCCAUGUGGGAGUCUCUAAUGAGUGAUUGCCAAAUAGUCUUGCUUCCACUUUUAAGUGAUCAGAUCCUCACCACUAGAUUGAUGACUGAGGAACUCGAGGUUUCGGUUGAAGUCCCAAGAGAAGAAACUGGUUGGUUCUCCAAGGAGAGCUUGAGUGCUGCUAUCAUUUCUGUGAUGGAUGAAGAUAGCGAGUUAGGGUAUCUGGUGAGGAGGAACCACGCCAAAUUGAAGGAGAGCUUGGUAAGUCCUGGAUUAUUAACCGGUUACACCGAUAAGUUUGUGGAAGCAUUGCAGGAUCUAGUCAACGAUACAAAUCUUGAUUGAAAUACUCUGCUUGUGAAGCAGCUGUUUCAAGUUAGGCAAUAAGUGACCAGACCGUGACGAACUUGUUUAUGUUGUUAUUGUUUUUUUCAUUUCAUCAGCUCUUUAGCAAC